AUGAUAAUGUUGUUUAUACCCAUAGUCACUUGCUUGGAGGUCAAUUUGACAAACCUCUAAGACAAUUAUUAUAGCAUGCCCAUCCAAGCAAAUGAUAUAACCUACAAUCUAUUGAUUGAUACUGGGAAUGAUGAAAUGUGGAUAUUCGGCAAGACUUCCAAUAGAAAGACAUACUAUCAAUGUGAGAAGUGCAUUCCAACACAUAAUGAAACAAAGGAAUACUCAUAAGGCAGAAUUUUUGGAGUUGAGUACAAUCAAACAUUUUUACUAAUGAAUCAAUCUCUGAGUUUGUAAGUAAUUGAGGCAUCAAAGGUGGAUUAUUUCUAUUCAAUUAUUACUGAUGGUGCAAUUGGAUUAAGCAGAUCACAACUGUCAAAGGAAGAUAAUUUAUUGAAGAAAUUGUAUGAUUCCAAAGUGAUUGAUGAGAUGUAAUUUGGACUUUUAUUAAAUGAAUAGAAUUGUUAACCGACAUCUAUCUUAAUUUUUGGAAAACCUAUCAAACAUCACUAUAUCAAUGAAUUACAAUAUGUAAAAACUCUCAACUCAUAAUAAUGGAUGGUAAAAGGUUCUUCAGUUUAAAUUGUUGGCAAAAACAAUAAGUAAAUAUUGGAGUCAACUUCCCAAAUUAUUGUAUUUGAUAGUGGAGAACCAAAAAUCUUAAUAUCAAGGGAUAAAUUCAAUAAGCUAAUUACUAUUUUUAACGAGAAUUAUAAUCUGAAUUGUUAAAAGGAAACAUCAAAUUAAAUCAAUGAAAUCGUGUGCUCCUACAAUGAAUAAUCAUUUCCUGAAUUGAAUAUUAAUAUUGAUAGUAAUCUUAGUUUAACGCUCUUACCGCAAGAUUACAUUGCGAGUUGUGAGUACAAUUACUAUUUGUAGCAUAAAUGCUUAUUAAAUUUGCAAUAGAUAGAUAUAGAUAACACUGAUGUGCUUGUAUUGGGUAUUGUAUUCUUGUAAAAGUAUUACAUCCAUUAUGAUAUUACUACAUUUUAAAUUGGCAUUGCUAAAUCCAUUUAUUAUUGUAAGAUAUAAAAAUAAUUUUAGAAAGGGAUAAAUUGA